AUGGGGAACGUUUCGAACAAGGGGUUUGUAUACUCGUUAAAUGACUAUCAACUUGCCAUUGAGACGUCCAAGGAGCUCGAAUAUCGACUGGAAAAAGAAUUUCAUGCACGUGGUCAAGGACUGCAUGAGAAAGUGUCGUCUGUAGAAGGCGCUAUUCCAAAUGUUACCGUUCGUUCAAUCCGUUAUGUUGCAACUCUUCGUAACAAACUCAUCCAUGAUCGAGAAACAAGAGCGUUGCCUGACCGUCAGCAGUUUAUCAAGAAGUUUAAUGAUGCGAUGGGAGAACUCAAUAUCAUUAUUGACAAGAAGCGGAUGGAUGCACGUAGUCAAGGACCUCAUAGCUCUCCUGUAUGUAUCAUCUCCUAA